GGUUAACCUCGCCUUCACCCUGACCAUGUGACCACAGCAGAGUAAACAGUGAUAAAACCAUUUUCACCAGGGCAGCAUGUGUAAGAAUAACCUACUGGGAAUCACCGCAGCCGAGCGUGGAGGAAAACACAUGAGUGAACUUCAGGUUUUCAGCUCCUGUCACUGCUUUCUGUUUUCUGUUUCUAUGGCCUCACGCUGCUCUCUCUGUCUCCUCUCAGUUUGUGGUUUUAGUUUCUAGAGUUCAGUUCUGAAUUUAAAAACUUGUAUAUAUAAACUGGAGUCAAAACUUCAACCGGGACACUUUAUUGGUCUGCCACCCACGUUUGUGGGACCGAAGAGCAGCAUAAAGACCAGGACCAGGACUGAACCUGAGAUAAUGCUCCUGAACCUUAGCAGAGGCUGUGCUGGUGAAAAGUUAAAGUAAUUAAGAAUGAGUAGCUGUUGUGUAUAUGUACGGUGUUCCACAGGGUUCUUAUCUGGGACCCUGGUCCAUUACAGUGGGUGGAUAAAAAGAUGGAUGGAAAAGUAGAUAUAGGAGGGGUAGAUAGAUGGAAAGGUGGAAGGAAGUGGAUAAAAAGGGUAAGUUAAGGGAUGGAUAAUGGAUGGAUAGAUGAAUGGAUAAACGGAUGUAAUAAUAUGCAGUAGAUGGAAGGAUAAGUUAAGGAAUGAUGGAUGAAUUUUUAACUAAAUAGUUUGUCGAAUGGAUGGAUGGAUGAUGGAUGAUGGAUGGAUAGAUAGAUGGAAAGGUGGAGGGAUGGAUUAAUAGAUUAACAGAUAGAUAGAUGAAUGGAUGAUAGAUGGAUAAAAGGGAUGGAUGAACGAAAUGAUCAGUAUCUGAUUGGUCGGUAGAUAAACAAUGGAAGGACGGAUUAAUAGAUGGAUGGAUAAAUGAAUUGGCUAAUAAGUGUGUAAAAAGAUGAAUACAUGGAUGGAUGGAUGGAUGGGUAGCUGGAACCCCUGUCCAGAAGGGAUUUUUUAAAAAUUUAUCUUUACCUGGAAAUAUUUCUGUCUCUUCUGUCAGCUUUCGGAAACUUUUAUUCUCUUUCUGUUUUCCAGGAGUUUCUCUGAAAAAGACAAAUUACUCCAGUGGACUCACCACAGCCUGACCUCUAAUUGGCUCGCUGCCCAAGUUAACGAGGCCAAACCGACGUACAGCUGAGGACUAAACUCGGUAGCCCACUCCUGCCCUUCAGACACCACAAUUUCUGUACUUGAAGCUAAUUUGGUUCAAACUUGUGCAAUUAACGAGUAAUUGCUGCGUCCAUGUGUGGCGUUCCACAUGGUUCACAUCUGGGGCCCAGGUUUGUUUUGUUGCACAUGUGUGAAAAAGAUCUUUUCCAUUCUAAACACACUUUCUCUUUCUGUUUUUCUGAGUUUAAGAGAAUCUGACACCCCGACACUCCUACUCUGAAACAGCUGGCAAGGCCGAGAAAACACUCUUAAUCAGCGACUACGCUCCAAUUAUGUAUUUCUGGCGUGUUCUUAAAAACGGCUUUAGGUUGCUGCAGCCUAAAUUCGUCUGUUCUUGGCUUGAAGGAGCAAAACAAACGGAAGUGUGUUUCCCAACCACACACACACACACACACACACACACACACACACACACACACACACACACACACACACACACACACACACACACACACACACACACACAUGCAUAUGCCCACAUGUUGCUAUAGGGAGAGACCUUAGCAGAGGCUUGGAGCUCAAACUCGCCACAUUUAAUUAUAGUGUCUAUUUCCGCUUUUAAAAAGAGGAAUUCUGAAUGGAUUUGCCAUCUUUGUUUCUGACUUAUUUCUCUUUUUGGUGCUAAAAAAAAACAUGCUCUGUCUUCUUAAACAGAAGUCGGUUAUUUAACUGUUUGAAAGUGAAAGAGUUAGCGCAGAAUAGCAGUAUUGAAACAAACUGUAACACCUCACUAUUGUUUGGCUUUUCUGCUGCAUGUCAAUCCUGUUUUCUCUCCUUUCCUGAGUGCUUUGUAUCUGGGCAGUAAACUAAUCUCUUUUCAGUCCAUCUCCACCACACAGAGGCUCCUUAUUCGAUUACUAAAUCUUAUUUUUUUUCCACAAAUCCACUGAAUUAGUCCGCCAGCAGGGUGAGGUUAUUUCAUUUUGCUGCACAGAUGCCUCAAUCACUGAGGUCUCCAUCUAAUUAGUAGCAAAUUCAUGUCACUGGAUUUUUGUGGGAAGUUAAUUUGCAUUGGUAAUAAGUGUGAUUAUCACACCCCCGCUGGCAGGGUUUCACUUGUCCUGAGAAAAGGAGGAUUUUAAGACUUAAUACAAGAUUAAAUGAGCUCUCAAAGUGGACUGAAUCCAAGGGGAAACAUGUCUCCUGGGGUUCAGGAUCUUAAUGUGUCAGUAGGAUAAUCCCCCCCCCCCCCCUCAGAGCAUCUGCUGGGGGAUGUUUUCUCUUUAUUAUCCCCUCGAGAUUCAGCAUACAUGACAUGUUCCUUUGUUUACCAUAAGUGGUGGUCUGUACAAACAUUUCGAAUGAGCAACAGAAGAGUUUAGCACUCAAGGAAACAUUACAGCCCUUCAUGAAUGAACAUUGAACUCAGAGGAUACAGAGCUGUGGGCUACUCUUACCCCUGCACAAGGAGACAUACCACACAUUAUUUCAGACAACAUAAAGGAAUCUUACCUUUACAGAUGUUGAAGGUAACCAGAAGUCAAAAUAACAGAAGCCUGAUGAGUGAAAGUCUGAGUGUGAAUGUUGUAGAAAAUGAGGUGGAGACUUGACAAGAGGAGGGAGGAACAGAGAGAAAGAGAGAGAGAGAGAGCAUGAUACUUGCACUUUGCCCUCUGUUGGACUGCAGAGUGACAGCAGGCCUCUCUCCUGUGCAUGUGACAAUGAAAAAAACAAACCAUAACAGCUUCUAUAAAGUCUUCUUUUAAAUGAGUUUAACUCUUAUUAGAUCAAAUAUCUUUAUCUUUGUGAAAUCCUGGAAGAAUCUGGCGAACUACAAUGUCGGGUAAAGCAGGAGAGUGGUGUUGUUUAUGGCACAGUCUCUUAUAAGAUCGAGAGAGUCAUCAUACAGGGUCAUAAAAUUGAUUAUUAUAUAACUGUUCUUACCAGCUGCUUUGGAAUGUUACUAAAACAUGUACUUGUCUAUUGUACCAAAGUAUAUCAGUGUAUUUUGUAUUUCCAAGAAUAUUUGAAGAAUAUUUGUACUUUAGUUUGCAUUUGUAGGUCAUAGAGAGACACCAAUAUUAAUUUCAGUCUGUUUUUAUCACCAGCUGAAAAAUCCUCACAGGGGGCUUUAAACACACAUUUGAAAGGUCAAAAAACUAAUCAGGGAUUUUGACCUCAUUCAGUUUCCUUACACCUGUCCUUCUUAAAGUGCUGCAAGUUUGACUGAAUCAAAUCUUUUUUUAAGUAGAUACAGCAAAUCAAAUCAUCAGUGCUCUUCUGUCUCACCCACCUUGUUAUUCAGUGUCGUGCAGUCAGCGUCGCUCCUCCGCUCAUUCAUGGGUGGAAUCAAACUCCACUGAUUGGUCUCUGGCCUGUAACGCUCAGCAGUAUCGAGUAUUGUAUGACCAUCAAACCCUCCUAAGGCAUAGAUCCACCCAUCCAGCACAGUAACACUAACAAAGCCCCUUCGGCAGUACAUCGGCGCUACUUCAUGCCAGGUAUAUGUGCUCAAGUCCCACCGGCGAACGCUGUUGAAAUGCUCCAACCGGUAUAAUCCACCGACACAGUAGACACUUCCAUUGAGGUAGGCUAUGCCAUGAAAGGAUCGAGGAUGCUCUGAAUUGUCUGUAAAAUUGUGCCAGUGGUUGGCUCGGACAUCGUACGCCUCGAUUCCAUUGGUCGGACCAUCACCGCUCCAGCCCCCUAUAGCCAACAGGAUGGCGGGAGGCAGGCGAGGGCAGAUAUAGGGGUUAAAGAAAUCAGGGGGUCCACUCUCAGUGAUUUGUGCCAAGCCACGAAGCUCCUGCAUGCAGUGAGCGUUGUUUCUCACUAGCUCAUUGGGCAUGACACAGCUGAUGAUGUACUCCACACUCGUCAAAGACAGACGGACCUACACAGACAAAAUGAGAAAUUGUCAACUGAAAUGUGAUUUCUAAUAGAUGAGGGAUUGAUCUCACAUUACCUUGGAUUUGGAUGUUUGAGUGCACAUGACUUAGGAACCUGUAUGUUUUCCAUUUUAUAUGCAGCAUGAAACACUUUCUAAUACAGAUGCAGGAGCAGAUUUCAUUUGUUCCACAUCCAUGGCUGCCACAGUGGCUGUGUUUGAUAGUUGGUUUACGAUAUCUGACAUUAUUUCUGUGUCUGAUCACCAUGUCGACUUUGCACAUUCUUAAAAAAUUUACAGGACACAGGCGGGAGAGGAAGUAUGCACAUAAAUGAGGGGGAGCAGUGUAGAUAUAAGGAUGUGACAGUCAACACAGCAGGAGGAACAACAGUGACAGGACAUGUUUCAGAGAGACUUGAAUAUCAAGUCUCCAAAUCUGCACAAUGUGUCGCUAACAUCCCAGUCAAAACAGCUGGAUAAGAGAUCGGUUCAAUUUAUGUUUAAAAAUAUAUUAACAGUGACUUCCUCUGUGACUUCUGCUAUGUCAUUUUUACAUCCCUGAAUCUGAUGGUUGCAUACAACCUGAGCUCUGCUGUGCCCUCUAACAUAUCCUGCUUUAACAUGCUGAGUGCAAUGCUAAGUGUCAAUUAGUGCACAGUUAAUUUCAUAAUGCAGUCAGUUGUGUAUGCAAAGCUAAAAAAAGCAAGUAUAUCUUCAUAAAGGAUGCCUGGAGAGAAACCAGGAAGAGAUUUCUUUGAAAAAAAAAAAAAGAGCUGUGGGAUAGUCUGCGAGUUGGCAGGUUUGGGACAGCCUCUAAAACUUCAAAGAAGAAACUUGAGAUGUACCCAGAGUCUCAAAGGUGCUAACACCUUCUCCAUGUUAGAUAAGGUUGUGGCUGUCCUGACUUGAUUCAGGAAAUCUGAGGCCAGGAAAUGAUAGAGGCCGGGUAGAGCUGCCACAAACAUAAAACACAAACCUGCAGAUUUGUUUCGGGGCUAAUUUAACUGCUGUAAAAAUGCCCUAAUACCUACUGGACUUUUAGGGUACAGUGUUUAGGCUUUAAUGGUACCUAGCCAUCAGAUUCUGGAUUUAAAUGCUCCCUUGCUCACCCCGUCCAUUGGUGAAGUGAUGGUGGCUUUCAAGGACAAGAAGCCCUUGUGAUGCAUAAUUAUGAUCCAUCAUUUGUUCAGUUUUUCCCUCAAAAACAAGUUCUUUUGCUCAUAAUUACAACCACCAAAAUGCAAUGGUAGUAGUUUUUUCAUUCUGUGUGGUUAUGGGAACCCCCCAAGGCCUACUUACCUUUGGCAAAAGUACACUGAUGUGCUCUUCCCGUUCUCCCUGUCUGUGGUUAAUCCAGUGAACAACAGCCUCAAACGUGGUCUUCUCAUGUUUCACAUUGAGUUCGUCUUUCUCCAGGAAGUCUGCAAGCUCCUGCAGAGACAGCUCCAGGAACUCCUCGUGGGAAGCUACCUCCUCAAAGUGAUCAGUGAUGUAGCGAUAAGCCUUCUCCUCCAGUCCAUAGCAGAGGAUGAUUUUGGUUAACUGCCAGAUGCCGAUGCAGUUCUCUGGAGAAAGCUCUUUUUCCAGGAAGCCACAGCAGGCUUUUACAAUAUCCAUAAUGUUGAACUGAUCGGCAGCGACCAAAAGCUCCUGGACAUUGUCACUGGUCACACACACUGAGCCAGUGUAGGCAAACUCAAUAAUGAGCUGCAUCAUGGCAGGAGAAAGGCCAGGUAUGUCGAACACUCUUUGGUCAGAGGCAGACCAGUUUGUGAACAGGGCUCUGUGGGACAUUUUAAAACAGAUGAAACACACCCGACCAAAUUACAUGGAGGGUUUUCAAAUGCAUGACACUGCAGGGCAAAUAUCAAUCUAAAAUACAUAAGUACUCUGAAGCCCACACUGAGUAUCAGGAUACAAUGCAACCCUGUGUUUUUAUGUACAACCUCUAUACUACCCUUUAUAGUUCACUUUAUUUUGCAGUAUGCAUGUAAGAAAUCAACUUACUUAACCAUAACUUAUGAAAAAGAAACAAUGAAUUAAAUGCUCAUUUUAUGCAUUACUCUUUGUACACCCUGACUUACAAUAUAAAUGAAAAAAAAAACACAAUUUUGACUAAAAAUAUAUGCAGUUCUAGUUUUGCUUCCCAAAGUCUUUUCUAAACAGUUCAUCAGCUGCCACAAUUAAUUUCAGGCAUGGUCUUUUGUGUGUUAAAUAAUUAAAAGUGCUGUGCUUUUGAAUUAGGUCACCAGCAUGGAGUCAAAUUCAGCUUUAUGAGUAAUAUCAUUGAAAUUACUAUUUUCAAACCGAUCAACACACCCCAAAAUUUUAUUUUGUGUCAGCAUCAUAAAAGUUAACUUUUUUAUUUCUACACAAAAACUUUUACCAAAGCAGACAUGUGACUGUACUCAGACAGACAGGAAACGUGCAUCAUCGGUUCUCUUUUUAGGUUAAUUUUGUAGUUUUAAAUAUUCCGUUUCCAGGUGUCCAUCCGGGAUUUUGUUUUUCUGCUAAUUUGAAAUCAUCAAUCUAUUCGUCGGGACAUUUGAAAUCAGAGAGUGAACUUACCGAAAGUAGUUACUACAACCACAGAGAAGAGUUUUGUGGAUAUUAAACUCCACAUGCUGAACUCUGAGGACUGCGUCACGAAGGGCCCCAUCCAGACGAAUUUCGUUAAAUAGGGAGUAAGGCAGCAUGUCUCUGUCGCUCAUUUUGAUGGUUUUGUCUAAGCCUCUAUUCUCAGAUGUUGACUGUUGGUUGGUCUUAAAUGAGACUGAUUGUUUGAGAUGAUGCUUUGACUACUAGGAAUUCAAACAGUGACAAUUCUCUUUGAAUGGCAGGUCCUCAUAACACCUGUUGUUGCCACGGUGAUGGCUACAGCCUCUGUUUAUGAGGCUGAACUAGAACCCCAAACACAGCCCCAGUGAAACCAUAAAUGACUCAUUUUCAGGACACUGUAACAUCACACUAACUUAUUGCAGGUAGAAAUUUAUUUGGACCCUUUAGCUGACUGAGGAAGUUGAGAACAACAUUGUAUCACACCUGUGUCCGUGAAUAAAUUGUUGCUGGCAGGACCCACAAAGUUAGUUUCAGGGCCCCUCAGUUCUUAAGGGAGAGUGGGGUAAGUUGAGCCACCUUCUGUUGCUUGGAAAUGGUGAAAGAAAUUGAUCAUGUGACCAAAUAUUUAGGAGAUGGGUAUCAAUUGUUUGGGCGACUUCAGAAUAUCAAAUUUUUCACCAGGCCCGGUCGUCCUGCCAAAUUUCAUGAGUUUUCGCCAAUGGGAAGUGGGCCAUUUUCCAGUUUAAAGGCAAGGAAAAAUUUAGAAAGAAGAAUCCAUCAGGAACAAGAGGGCAGCUACUUAGCAGCUUCAUCCUGCUUAGCAGCUACGCUCGGGCCCUAAAGACGUCCCCAUAUCUUACUGGUCUCCAUUGUGAUACGGCCGUUUCCCCACUAGGUGGCAUUAGAAGACGAGCUACAGUUACUACAACCUUUCUUAUUCUCUGAAAAUGUUUAAUUUCUCCCCUAAUUGUGUAAAAGUUUCACUGUAUACAUUUACAUUAAAGUAAAUUAGAAAAUCCCUCUAAAACUUUCCUAGUUUGUAAAAAUUACUUCGUAAAUGUGACCGUUAGAGCAAAGUAGACAAGACAUGAACUGCGGUUGUUGUUGCGUUCAGGUGCUUAUUUUCGUUCGUUCAUCUGGCUUUCUGUCAUAGAACGACAUUGGUAUUUUAUUGUAGUGGCGUACAGACUAGAAGUUAUUUUCUUAAUAUAUCAAUUACAGUUGCACUCCACUCAUUGUAAGCAAUACUGUAAAACCUUUUCUGUUCUAUCAUAUUGUAAACAGUAUUUUUACUUUACCUCCUGUAGUAAACAGUAAAGGAAAUAAAACUGAUUUGCUUUUUACUGGAAUGCUUUUGAAUGAGAACAUUACAUAUAGCUAUACAGUUCCCAACCAAGAAAUUUAGAGUAAAAACGAUCCUUCAGCAACGACAACAAGUAUAACAAAAGCUAAAGACAGUGAAGCCAAAAUAAAAUGGAGGUAAAGGAGAAGAGAUGACUGAUGGCAUCAUUAUAAUAGCUUGUGAACUGAAAACAAGUGUUAUUCUUUGACAGAAUAAUUUCAUUUUGAGUCAGAUUUCCAGUAAUUUGGUUAAGUUAAUGUGCAAAGAACGAUGUGUUGUGUUUUGUAGGUUUGAGUUUGUGUUAAGAAAAGUAUCUGAAGUAUGGAUAAGCACUUGUUAGCGAUUGAAAAAACUGCAAUGUAAGGGUGGGUUUGUUGUUUGUUGAUUCCUAACUUUUAAUUUUUACUUUUCACCCAGCUCUACAAAUUCCGAGCUUCUGCUGGCACAUGAAGGCGUCAUAAUUCAUAUCCAAUGAGACCCCGCCCUGGCCACCGUGUACCGCUGACCACCGUCACACUCAUCUGUCUACACGGCAGCAGCAGCAGCAGCAGCAGCGGUCGCGCCUACUCUCGCUAGCUUCCAUGACGACCGACUAGAAAGGCAUUUUCUCAUGUCGACCCGCCGGUUAGCUCCUGUUAGCGGGCUAACGGGCGCAUUACGAAACGGGAUAAUGUAGCAGGACAACUCUUCGGACGAACCGCGUCGUGUACCGAGAAUGUUAAGCUUGUGCGGAGCCGUUAAAGGAGGGAGUAGAGCGGCGUAACUAGCUAACGGCUGCGAGCUAGCGGAGGAGGCUAAGCGUUCACCUGCAGGGGCUGUUCGUGCUAAAGCUAACAGGAUGGAAAGUGUGAAGGAAAGCGGCUCAACUCCGUCUACGCCACUCGAUUCUGGCGGUGAGAGUGUUCCGGUGAAGUCGGGAGGGUUAACUCCUCCUCUGUCUGCGGGGAAAAGACCCUCAAUCGGGGAGGAUGACGGCGGGGGAGCCGAGGCGAAACUCUUCGGGAAAGGACUGGCAGCCACCUCCCUUCUUCAGAUCGCGAUCAGGAAUGGGAUCUAUCAAAACCAAGUUGCCAACGCGAUCGGCGGGGCGGCCAAAAACACCAACAUCCCCGCCGUGAAAACAGCCAACAUUUACAGCCUGACAUCCGCCAACAGCAACACUUGUGUCAACUCUUUACUGAGCCGGAGGAGACACAGACACAAGAGGAAUCUGUCUCUGGGGGCUCCGCCGACCAGCAGCAGCAGCACGUCCGCCGGCGUGUCCUCUGCGGAGGCUUCCAGCCCCGCUCCCUCCGCCUCACCCCUCAGCACCCUCAGCCUGGACAGGAGGACUUUCCUCCGGCAGAAACAGUCCAAGCAGCUCCAGGCCUCGGAUAAGACAUGGGUGAGAUCGGACCUGCGGCGGGGCUGCAUUCACGUCCACGACUGGCUCACGCCCUCUUACCCGCGGCCGGUGCUGUGCACGGUGGACACUACUGCUCAAGAGGUGGCGUGUAAGCUGGAGGGGAGCAAGGCUGGAGCUGUGCUGAGAAUUAACUACAAAACUGCUGCUUUAGUGGAUUUGAAUGAUAGCUGUAAUGGACAGAGUGAUGAGACUGAGAGUCUCAGUGACAGUGUGGAUGUCAAACACCCCAAACCAGACGAGAAUGAUGAAACUAAAUCCUUCUACCCUGAUGCUAAACUCUCCUCUAACUUGUUGGAUGAUAAAACCGCCAGUAACUCUUCAUCUGAGGUGUAUCUGAAUGACAUCGGCGUGGAUUUGAGCCCGAGUGUUGCAGACUGCUAUGGAGUCUACUCCGGUUCAGACAUGGAGAGCAGCACCUGUGAGGACUUCAGCCCAAGUGGACCCAGAAGCACAGAGCUCCGGGAUUCCCUCAGCGAAGGUCUGGGAGUGGGGACCGACUCUUCAGCGCUGAGCCCAAACUGUGACAGUGCCACAGAGGGACCCGAUCCGUUUGAGAGCUCCUCAGAUGAGGUGGAGCUCACCUCUUCUCCAACACAUUCAAAUGGAAACUCUGCAGCAGACAAGCCCGACCCGGACCUGAGCGGUGCCUCCAGCCAAGCUACAACCAACCUGGAUGAUCCUGGAGCUGGAGGCGCAGGUGAUAAUGCAGAGAGCCCCAAAUUAAUCAGACCUGCCUCCAAAUGCCCCAGCAGCUCCCAGACUCGCCCCCUGACCAGCCAAGCAUCUGUGCAGCCUGACCCGGACAUCUCAGGGGGGAGCAAAGCCUGGCCCGACCCCAUCAAUACCAGUCCGACCCCUGCUCUCUUCAUCCAGCUGCACGGAGGCGCUGUGAGGCGGCUGAGGGAUGAGGAGAGGCCUCUGCAGAUAUUGAACGAGUACCUGACUAACCUGGGGUUCGAAGAUCCCUGGAGAGUGCAGACGGAGGGGAUGAAUCCUGAAAUCGGCUGCCUGAUACGCUUCUACUUUGGUGAGUGUCUACACUGUCUAACUUGGGAUUUGUGAUUGUAAAUGAAGGAUACUGAAGGAUAAAACAGCUGCACUGAAAAUCCACAUUUCUCUUCUAUUGAUUUUGCAUUCAUAGGACUGAAAGGUCAAGCGAUAAAGCGGUCUUCUUUGAGGGGGAUUGGGGUUAAUUUUCGCCAACAGUGCAGGAUUUUAAACAUUCUUACACUCUGAACAGAUAAAACAGAUCAAUAGUCAUGACAGUCAGUUUGUGUGCAGUUUCUUCUUUUUGUUUGCACAGAAAGCAAACAUUGGUGAACACGCCCAUUUCCGGCUGCAAGCAUUUUUAACAUACCAUUGAAGAAAGUGAAUGAUUCCUGUACAGGAGAGAAAACAAACUUGUACCUGAGGGGCAGGAAAGAAAGAAAAAAGACACUGAACUCACGUUAUCGUACAAAAAUGAGUAAAUUCUGGCCAAAACAGGUCACAUGACUGAGGUAAUAUGGAAGUUAGUGGUAGAUCAUCUCCAAGAGUGCUCAAGAGGACUUUUUAAAGCAGAGUCCUACAUUUUUAGGGUCUUCAGGGUUUUUAGGGUCCGAUUACCGAUUAAUUGGCCGAUUUUUACAUUUUUUCACUAAGUUAUAAAAUAUAUAUAUAUACUGUAGAUUGUAGAUAUACUGUAGGCUACUGCUCUUCACGCUGACAGGAAGACCGACUGAUCAAACUCGGACCAGAAAAGCGUUUUCAACUGAAACCUUAUCUUAUUCUCCGCAUUUUAUUUCUGAGAAUAUUGGCGAAAAUCGGCGAGUUUUGGACGAUUACCGAUUAGUCUCAAACGGGCUAAAAUUGGCCGAUUUAGGCCCUAGACCGCACGCACUGACACCUGAAUCACUUGGUGAACGAAUCACACAUUGAACUACACUCUCUGGAAUCAUUUUUGUCGGACAAAACUAUCAACGAAUCUCUCACUGAGCCCAUUUUACUGAGCAGACCUGAUAAGUAACAUACCAUAGGACACUUUAAACAUCAUGACUUGUAAACAUGAUCACCUGAUUAUAGUGAUUCAGUACAUCUAAAAAAACUGCCGUACCCAUCACUAGUUUGUAGUUGCUUUGUUUGUUUUCUUCAAUUUGGUCGAAGUCUAUUCACUCAGCUACCAAAGGUGAAAUGUGUAGAUUCUCUCAUUUAAGAAAACUGAGUGAUAGUAGAAAUGGUACUAUUUGUUUUUUUCUGUGCUCCAAAUAAUAAAUCCAAACAGGAAAAUAUAAACAGAUUAAACAGAAACUGUGUCAGUUAGGCUUCAGUCAUUCGCAGGUGAUCCAGAAUAAGGAUUGCUCUGCACCUUGGCGGUCUGAGAGCCACCUGCUUGUUCCACCAGCAUGCCUCUUUAGCUCCGCUCACUCAUUGUUCAUCCAUUCUCAGUGUACCGUGAGCGCUGUCUUUGUGUUUGCUCAGUCGGACUGUUAAUCGAGUGUGUUCAGUUUCCCUGCCGGGACAAUAACCAGCCUGUAAACACUCAACCCCUCUGUGUACAGGCCUGUAGGGAGACACAUCUGGAGGUAACAGGUGUGAUCUUUCGGCCACACCGCUCACUGAAAACCGUGGAUCCUGUGUCUGUUCCUGUUAUACUGCUGCUGUUGUUGUUUUUAUGAUAGUCGUUUGUUAUUGAUAAAGAUCCUUUUUUAAGAGGAUGGAGAAUCAGACAUGAUCUCUUAUGGGAUUAACACUAGUCUCUGUUUUUGACCCUGUUUUUAAUACCAUCAACAAAGACGGCUGCGGGGGGGUAAAGGGUCCUGAUGGAGGAAGACGGGGAAAAACAUCCUCACCAACAUGAACUUUUUCUUCUUUUAUUUCCACCUAGUUAAGGGUCCUCUGAAUCCUCUUAUGUCCAAGACCUCUGUGUUUUCCUGUCGGGUUUUUUGUUUUCUCAACUCUUCAGCUGUUCACUUAACUUAAAUAGAAGAGUACAGACACCAGUAAACAAAAGAAGAAGAUCCAAUCUGAUCAAUCUAAUACUGGAAGAGUUAGCCUUAAUGCAGUGAUCUGAUCAGUAGAUUUUAAGUUCCUCUCUCUUUUAUUUUGUACCAAAAAAUAUCUCAACUACACAAAUUUUACCAGGAUGCUCAAAACUGCCUUUUUUUGUCCGCCCUAUCCGACACGGAGGGUUUUGCGAAAUCCCCUCAGUUCUUUUCACAUCCACCCUUGGCUCCCACAGCGACAUGACAGAAGAACAAAGCGUGACGUCGAGUCAGGCCCCUGAAGGCAGGGGCCCCUCCAGCGACUGCAGACAAACAACACAGCCGAGAAACAAGCGCCGAGGGGCGAAUGUGACAGGGAAGUGGAAGUCCUGUUGCGUAAUAGGAAACAGUAACAAGAGAAAUCAAAGUGAUAGAGAAAUAAGAAAUAAUCCACAGAUUCAUCAUCAGGGUUUGAACCCGAGGAGCUGUCAGGGACAACGGCAAGGGGUUUGACACACGAGGGGCUUCAGGAAGUUCAGAGGACCCAUCAGCAAACAUGCACAACAACAUAGGUGAAAGGCUCCGAUCUUAAUAAGUUUCCAGUCCAUUAUUUUACUGCUUACAAGUGAGAAACCCCACUGUAGCAGCAGCAGCGUAAAAAAACUCUGAAUAUAUGACUGAAGGACAGUGGAGGACUACGAGGAUAUUCUAGCUCUUAGACUCCAGAUCACCCCCUCUUACUGAGGACCUUUGAGAACAAGAAGCUCCUGUGUUGCAGAAGAAGUUUGAUCCUCUGUUUGUCAAGUUGUUUACCACCAAAAACUUUUAUCAGUACGAAUUUUUGUGGCAUAACAACAACCACUUUCUCUCUCAUUUCGACUAGACUUGGAAAAAAAAAAACAUUUUUUUUUUGUAGAGACAUGUUUGUGUAAGAUGACCUCCUCUAUGGAGAUAUGUGGAAAUAAAAAGCUCAUUCUAUGUUAGCAAAAACAAAAAAAUGUUUAUAUUCUGGUUAUAAAAUGAUUAUUUUAAAUUGUGGAUAGUUAUAUUCCAGUUCUACUCGGUUUGUUCAGCUAAAUGCUUCUGUCUACUACCCACACUUUAAACUUGUAGAUGACGCUCAGGUGUGAUUGGAUGUAAACUUUAACUCAGUGGGUUUAAAGGGUUUCAGUUUCCCAGUUCAGACUGUACAUGAUGGCGCCAAAAAGAAUCAAAUCAUCUCAGUUUUGGAUUGUGAUGAUGAUGGUUUUGGACUUUGAGUUUCAGUUUGAUCUCCGGGCAUGAAAACGUAUCCUAACAAGUGCUGUGUUUAGAUACCGUCUUUGAAUUUGCAUGGGUGACUGCGGCACAUGCAAAUAUAACAACUCAUACAAAUGAAACAGGGAAAACUGAGUUAACCAUCCUUCUAAAUGUGAUCGUAUUUUUAAAGUCAGGUUUUAAACGUUAUCCGUCACCCCGUACUGUCCUGCCCUCUCUCUCUCCCUCUCUCUGUGUGCAGAAUGAAGAGUUUGCUUAUGUUGAUUUUUACAGUCAAGCCAAAGAAGUUUGACUCAGCAUUAUCCCUGUGGCACAAUGCACACGGCCAAGUAUACUCUUUCUUUUUUCACACACACACACACACAUAGACACACACUCUCUCACUCUGCUGACAGAAAGAGAAAGUGACCUCAGUGGAACUCAGAUUUCACCUCCUCAGUGUUUCAGAUCAGCCUGAGACAGAUGCAAAGCCGCAGUAUCCAGAGGUCACUCCUUCACUUCACAAGGUUAAACACACACUUUGUAAAUGUGUCGGAUUCCUGCGAACAAAAGUCACCGAAUACCUUCUCUGCUCAUCUCCAUAAAUACCUGCAGGCCGUCUUAUUUCGUCUUAUUGCUUCAGAUCGAGCAGAAAUCCUAAAAACAGCCUCAGGAAAACUCUUGUAACUCAUAAGAAAGAGACGGGAGAGAGUGGAUGCCAGAAACUUUGUACGCCAAGCUUGUCAGGCACAAGAUGCAGCAGAAAUAGUCAAAUCAUAGCGCCAGCAGGAAAUGGCUAUUGGCAACUUGAUGAGAGACAGGAUGUUCCCCAUUCAGAGAGACAGGCGGAAGGAAAGGGCAUGUAUGCUGCAUGUGUAUACGAACAUGCUAUAUCUCGCCUGCAACGCCCAGGGAAGGGUGGACCCUCACAAAACACACAUUCGACUUUAUCUUUGAGUUUGUGUUAAAAUCACGAGUUAUACGAUAAGUUCUGAAGCUGUAGGCAGUGAGUGAGUAACUCUGAGUCAGGGUGUAAUCGCGUGGAUAACCGUCAGCUAUGGGUUAAGCGUGACUCGUUGCCCUUGAGCGCGGGUCCUCCUGUCAUAUCUGUCUUUGUGUUUACUUACAUCAUCAGUGUCUGCACUCCUCUCAGGACUCCCUGUUCCUCUUUGAACCGCACACUGAACUUACACAAGGGAAGUUUCAUGCAGGCAGAUUUUCCAGCCACAUGAAAGCUCUGAGUUCAUGAAUGGCAGUCAUGCAAAGUGCGGUCAUCAAAAAGAGUACGUGUUCAGGAAACUGUCUGACUCAACCGGCUCAAAUCAGCCGUGUUAUUUUUAACAGUAUUUUACACUACGACCUUUGAUCAACUCAAAUAAUUUCUGACUGAUAACAUUUUUCACAACAUUACUUUGUGUUAUGGAAUCAGGAGUUUGUUCAAUCAUGAGACACAAGAAGACCCCCGAGUCAUCUUUCAUUCGCUCUGUCACAUCUCUUUUAUUUUUACUACUUUCUCACUGUGUGCUCCUUUAGGGUUCAUCAUUCACAGAGUGUUACUUAAGCUUGUGUUAGGGUUCAUUUUCAGUCUGUAUUAAUUUGACUUUUAAAAAGAGAUGCACUGAUCCAUUUUCUUCCAUCCCAAUCCGAUACGAUACCUGGGCUGAGCGUGUCGGCCGAUAUCUGAUACCGAUCCAAUACUACUGUUGAAUGAAUGAACUGUAUACCUCGCCCUGUGAGUGAAGGAAUCAGGCUUGACAUUAGUCUUGUUAAAAAAAGCUAACAAAUUAACACAGAUAUAAACUUACACAGAGCAAAAAGAAGUUAGACUUCCAUGUAUUACAAGAAAAAUUAAUUAAAAGAAAAAAAGACUGGAUAAGAAUGCUGGAUCGGCGUCAUUCAUCAGGUAUCUGAUCAAGUUAAUUUGUCAAUAUUGGAGCUUAUAUCGUAUCGGUGCAUCCCUACUUUUAAUCCAGAGCACUUAUACUCACAGAAAUCCUCUUCUCUCUCAAAUAAAGACGGUAAAAACACUGAAGCUGUUUCUAGAGCGUCACCACAGUGACCAAGACUGAUCAUCUAUCUUAAAAAAACAAGAGUAAAAGUGAAAAUUACUGAACUUUGAACAAUUACAGAGAGAGUAACGUCUGUCUGACAGACUCAGCACGUCUCGCAGGUUAAACAUCAGUCUCAUUUCCAUGGUAACGAGGGUGUGGCUCCUGAAUUAAUUGGAUUCUGAUUGAAAAGGUUUAAUCCAGCUCAGUCAGCUCUUUAGUUUCCUUUAAUUCAGUAUUGAUUAGUUUGGAAUAUUCUACUUAAAGCCAGUUCUGCUUCAGUUAGAAAGAGCAGAACUGAUGCUGAUAAUUUCACUUUACGCAUCUUGAACACGGUCUUCUUGCUUUUGUCCAGCUGUCCCUGUCUGUAGGGUUUACUCUUGGAUAAGAAGCUCUACGUUUGGCCUGUUUUUGUUUUGAAGCAGCAUCUCAUUGGUCAGAGAGCAGUAUGGCAAGAAUGAGGGAAAAACGUCAAUAAAGAUAAUUGUCUGGAUUUUAUAAAUAGAUAUUUAAUGACUUAAAUUAGGAAAAAAAACUUGAAGCAGACCCGCCUUAGUUACUGUAAAUAAUGUUGUCGGAGCAAAUAGACAUUUAUAAUUUGAAAAAAUUUAGAAUCUUACAGUCAGAUAAAUAUGUUUAUCCAGUGUUGAUUAAAAAUAGUGUAACAUUUCAUCCAAACAAAGGCAAAUAUACUCAGCAGCAUCGCCUGUAUUCAGAUGACCUUUGUGUCAGACUUGUCAUUUUUAUGUUUAGUUGUGUGAUUGAAGGAAAGUGAGACUCAGUUUGUGGACAAGAUUCAGGAUUCAUCCCCCUGUUCAGGCUCAGCGUCAGUCCUGGUUCAGGAUCUGGUUGGUCUGUGACUGUGUGUGUCUCGUUGUGUCUGUGUGUCAGUCAGUGAAGGAGGCAGCAGGCGUGAGGAUGGAGGUGCUGCUGGUCUUUAAAGACGUUACAUAACAAGCUAAUCUGAGUCCAGGCUUCUUCUCACAGGCUCAGACUCUUCAUCUGUUUCUGCGAGUGUGUGUAUGUGUGUGUGUGUGUGUUUAUGUGUGCGAUCCCAGAGCAGACAACAAUACACACACACAGACUGGAAAAUACAGUGUUAUAGUAGAAUAAUUACCUCUAUCAGGUUUCACUGCACUCACACAUACACAGUUAUGCAGGCUAAGUUCACUGUGCCCACUGUGUCUGACUUGUUCCCCGCUCGGUCCUGCAGCUCUCGCUGAACUCUGGCUGCUUUCUGUGUCAGUAAAGGGUUAAUGUAAGAAAUCACGGCUGAGUGACUGUUCACUCUCUCAGCCUAUUAGCUUCAAUUCACUUACAUAACUGCAGCGCUCUCUGUCAGCCUCGCUGUUUGAAAGAGAAACCCACUGAGAAAAUCUCGAUUCAUAAAAUCCCAGACAGAUAAAAAUAACACACGAAGUGAAAAAGUAAAAUCAUUUUUGCGUUAAUGAUCCACAGCCUAACCCGCUUCUUUUCUUUUUCUUUCUUUCUUUCCAGGCAAGCCUCGAAGUGUGGGGGGUUCUGAGCGCGUGCAGCUCUCCGGGGUGUUCAACGUGCGGAAAGGGAAGCUGGCGCUGCCGGUGAACCGCUGGUCGAAGCGUCAGGUCACUCUGAGUGGAACCUGCCUCAUUGUCUCGUCUGUGAAACACGCCCACACCGGCAAGAUGCACAUCCUCCCGCUCAUCGGAGGAAAGGUAUCCCCAGCAGAGAUUUUCCAUCACCGCAGAUAAAGAGAGAUUUGUUGAACCAGUUAUCUGCUCGCUAUCUUGUUCAAGUGAGCCGUCAGUUUAUCAGAGGACAAGAAGUUUCGGAAACACGAGUCACAGUUUCACAGAGAAUAUCAUGUUCCGAUCUUUAAGGUUUGACAAAAUCAACCAAAGGCAAAGUAAAAGUAGAACUUGAGGUCAUGUUUCCUGCAGCCAGAGGACUCUGAGACAAUAUUUGUCCAAACUGAAAAAAGAUCGCUUAUUAUCGUAUCAUCAUCAUUUGUAUAGAGUUGAACUGUGGUGAAUUUACUAUGCAGGGCUCGACAGUGCGACCGUUUUAUUUGCGACUAAAAAUAGACGUGUGCAAAUUGUAAAAUGUAUUUAGGGGCACAUGUGAGCGUAAAAAAAUCAGCUGUGGUGACAAAUGGUUUUUUUUCAUGUAAAUACUGCAGUGAAGUUAGUUUUAGUUUGGAUAUUCGACGGUAGGCCUGGGUGAUUUGGCAAAAAAAAAAAAUUACGAUAUAUUUUGUGAUUUUUUCCGAUCUCGAUUAUUAUCAUGAUUUUUUUUUUAAACUGCCAGUUUUAAAACAUCUGUACUAAAAACUAAAGAACUUAGGAGUCCAUGUGCUGCUUGUGAAAAAAGUUAGAGUCAAGCCCUGCUGUGACAUUAUAGGAGAUAUAAGAGCCAAGAGAAGGCUGACUUAGCAAUAGGAAGAGCUCUAGAGUUGUGUCUGUGUCCAAAAUAAAGAUAAAGGAACGAUCAGUGUUUUUAUAGUGAAUGACUUUCCAUCAGCUGAUUGUCUGACAGCCUGCGGCUCCAUUCAGAGAAAUGCGUUUGUAUUUAGAAACAGUUUUGUAAAGUGAAGGUUUAGAGAUUAACGACGGUCUCCAUGCAGACGUUUUAGAUAUAAUCUGGAUUCAGGCUGCGUGCCGAAAUUUUUUACCCUUCAUGGACAUCGAAAACAUGGUCUGAUCUGUAGUCAGUCCAAGACCGAAGAAAGAUGAACGUCUGCACUCUCGUAUAAAGAGUCUCUGUUGACACCUGCACAAAUAACGACACAGAGAGUGUAAAAGAAAAAAGGCUCUGCAGUGAUUAAAGUGUCUGUAUAAAAAUGAGGCAUGUCUUUAGGAGAAGUACUGAGUUUUUCAGAGAGAGUGAUCGGUGUGGACGUAGCUGCAGGGAUCAGACAAAGAUCCUGGACGUCUCUGACCCUGCGGCUAAAAUAAAAGAGCUGAAACACACAACUCCCCCGACUGAAGAGAAGAUACUUCAUGACAAACUUAAAGGUCGCCAACGAAAGAGCGAUGUCUUUUUUUUAAGAGCAGACCUCCACCUGUCAGGGCGACUUAGUGGCUCAGGUUUUCCUAAAGAUGAAUUUAACUAAAGCUCGUCCUCUGAUGCAGGUGGAGGAGGUGAAGAGACACAGCCACUGUCUUGCUCUGAGCUCGGCUGGUCCUCAGAGUCAGACCUACUACAUCAGCUACGACUCGUACACAGAGCACCUGCGCUGGCACAGGACCGCCUCCAAGGUACCUGCAGGGUUCUCUGAGUUCACCUCAGUCCACUGUUUAUCUCUCUUUGCAUCCAUAGUUGUAUUUCUGUUGUGACAUAAACUGGAGGCUGAUUUAUCGUGAGCUCUUGUUUCACUCAUCCCGGUGUGUCAUGUCCGUCCCUCUCUCUCUCUCUCUUUCCCGGUCAGGUGGCGUCCCAGAGGGUGAACUCAGUCGACCUGUCUUUCUGCAGCCUGGAGGAGCUGCCUGCUCAGCUCUUUUACAGCCAGGACCUCACGCACCUCAAUCUGAAAAACAACUUCAUGUCCCUGCACAGAGGGGUUCCAGCGCUCACCAGGUGAGUUUCUGAGAAUCUCCUCCAACCAGGGCGCUCAUGAACAAGGGCGCAGUAAGGAGGAGGAGGAGGAGCUGACGGAUGAGACGCUCCAUUUUCCUCUUUGUUAUCCUCUCUAUUUUGGAUGUGGAACAUCCCUCUUGGUGGUUUUUCGCUAUCUUGGGGAGCUACCAUAUGGUGUAAAGCGGAAGCAGCUUAGAUCAAAUUGCAGAUGACGUGAGUGUGUGUGUGUGGGCAGCCUCGUGGUUUUGAUGAUUAAAAGAGAGCUCCAGAGCUGCUGACAGAUUUGACGGCCUCUGGAACAGAAAGGUUUGUUCUGGAUUCACAGAUCAGCCCGUCCGACCUCCUGCUGACGUCACUGUGAGUCAGUCAUUUCCAUUUAUCAGUGAUGUUGAGACAAGCGUCUUUAAAUCGACCCUUCAGUCUUUUCAAAAGUGAAAUUAUUAUAGCGACACACAGACAUACGGCCGGCUGUUUUCUACUCCGGUCUCAUAUCCGGCGUCACGAGGAGGACCAUCUGUUCGGAGAGCGUGCACGCAGCCUCUGACCUUUCACCUUUGUAUGGAGCACAUUUAAAGGUGGGGUAGAUUUGAGGAAGCGCCAGUUUUUGGGAGAAAUCUUGAAUGUAAACUCUACCCCUCCCAACCAGUUUUCCCCUCAGCUCCUCCUCAAGCCCCGCCCACAAACAGACGCUCCCGCUCGCUCGUAUCGUUCCAAUUAAAUUCAGAUAUAAUGCAGAUAAAUCCUUCAGAUCAUUACAAAUGGGGCCCAGUCAAGGUGAAAGUCAAAAGCAUUGGUGCUACUGUAGAUGCCAACAGACUACCAGCAAACACAAUGUUUGCAGGACUUCUACAACUAGGAUAAAGUGACAUAGUCCAGGACCCGAGGGAGGACAGUUUAGCGAUGGCGCUACAACACGCUACAACAGGUCCUGUUUGACAAGAAACACUUCUGUUACAGACACUUGUCUUACUUUGUUAAAGCGGUUUACCUGUCCAGCAGAAAGGUUACAGGGUCACCAAGAUCCCCAAGCGUCCCCCAUGGUUUAUGUUGACCCGGCUUUUUAGCUCUUGUCCGGUCUACCUCCGUUUUAAGCGCCCGUUAUUCCUCCAGAGUCUCCGGUAUUUACUUUGUUUUCUUGCUUGUGUCGGCAGUCGUGGCCAAAGGAGGAUUCAGACAAUUUUCCGAACUUUCUGGUUGGUUUCUACUGUCCGAUAUUGUAGCACGCUAACUUUGUUUGGGCUCGUGAACGACACGGGGGAGCAGCGUCUGCCUCACAACCAAUCAGGUCGGGGGAGGUGGAGAACGGCUUUGUUUACAGUCAGAAAGAGCGGGCCCCUAAAAAAUGUUCAAAUGUUGACGACACAGACAGAAGAGAACACAGAGAUAUCGUUAUAUUACCAAAUGUCAUCAAUAACUAAUAACUAUUGACUGAUAUUAGAAGAUUUUUUGUUUAAACACCACAAAAAAGCUGCUACUUUAACAGAUUCCUGCCUUCUCCACCUUUAAUGAAGCUUCCCUCCAAAGUAUCAGCAACAAGAUCACAGGUCCAGUUUAUUACUUUGGCAACAAGCUUUGCCGUCCAUGAAAUGCUAACUGCUAGCUGCUAACCAUGUUUGUGGUGUGACAGUUGUAGCCUCAGACUCUCCUGAAGCGUCUCACCUGGACCCUCAUACCCCCUUUCAGCUGAGAGUCAGUUCACACACACAGUUCCACGGUCACAUACACUGAUGGAUCGGUCUCAUUCAUCGAUUGCAUUCACAGCCAUUGUUCCUCGUAAACACACACUUCCCCGUCGCUGCGUUGAGGAAUGUGUUUUCCCCCCGUCCUGCGCCUGAGACUUUCCCCUCGGAAGGACGUGUGUCCGGCACAGCCUUAGACCCUGAACCCUCGGUGAACUGGAUUACACACAGACGCACAACAGGAGAAACACACUCCCAGGUUCUUACCUGCUCCACAUGCUUCAUUGUUAUUGUAAAAACCUCUCACUUUAAUGAACACGUGGACUCUUAAGUGUUUUGGCCUUCAGACCUGCUGGAUUUCCUCUCCUCCAGUUCUCUGUGUUCUUGACACCGCUGUUAUGUAAUAACUGAAAAAAAAAAAAAAGGUUUUUGUCUUUAGAUUUGUUUUUCUGCCUCCUCCACACCCUCAGGAUAUCUCAUGUUGUCAGAGUGCGCAUACCCCGCUCCCCGCUCCUCUAAACCUAAUAUCUCAGGAAAGUCUGGAGGCCGUGUUUUCGUCUUGGCACAAACGUCCACUCAAGCUGCAGGAAGAGCUAAUCAGAUUCUCCGAGCCGGAGCUCACUGUGGCGCUCCAAUAAAGCAUUAGAGAGCAUAAAUCAAUAAAAGUCGCAGAUUUAAUUUUCACAACAUGUCAAACAGGAUCAUUUUCAGGAGGAGUGACAUUCCUGUUUCGCUCUUUAGUGCUUUAUAUUUAAAGAAAAAGGAUUUACAGGGAAACAGAAGGACGUGUGAUCUGUGAACUCUCACUAAUGCGCUUGUUUUUCUAAAAUAGUGAUGAAUAUUUCUGACAGAGUAGCCCCCCUCCUGUUGUAGCCACAGUUAAUGGAUGUGAACUUCAGCUUCACUGGUGGUUGGAGGCAAAUAGCUCAAAGAAGAGAAAUGAAUAUCUCUGUUUCUGUGUCUGUCUUUCUUUCCCUCCCUCUCUGUCGUCUCCCUGCCUCUCUGCCUCUCUCUAGGUUUUGUAAGCUGAGAAGUCUCAGUCUGUCAAAUAACGCUCUGUCAGAGUUUCCUCUGGCCUUAUGUGACAUCCCCUCGCUAACGGAGCUCAACUUGUCUGGAAACCGUCUCUCCUCUCUGCCCGCAGACGUCGGAUCCAUGCACAAGUAAGUGCUCCGGCAGAGUGAGCGCCCCUGUGGGCCCCGCGGCUAUUAAUGAACGUCCUGAUGAUAAUUAGCGUGGUAUUUGCCUCGGAGCGUGAUGUCUCCUCAGCGACCUCCGGCACUUUGCAGACAGAGACAUCAGACAGGGGUUGUUGUCAUUGUUGGUCCAUCGGGGCAGAUGAAUUCCUCUUUAGUGGUGGACCGGUCCUGGUCCUGAUCCUGGUCCUGGUCCUGACAGUGCAGAGAGUUUGUUCAGGUGAUCAGAGUGCAGAGUCACGCUGCUGCUGCCUCUGCAUGAAGAGGCGAUCCGGGGACAAUAAGCCCUCAGCUCUCAUAUCCAAAUCUGUGUGUGUGUGUACUCUGCAGACGAGCUCUUCCAAACACAGUUUGAUGUUCUCAGUGUAGUUAGAGUGAAGAGUUUAUUUUAGAGGUGACUCUGUCUAAACUGACUCUCUUGUCUUGUGUCAGCCUGCAGACGCUCCUCCUGGACGGGAACUUCCUCAGCUCUCUGCCCCUGGAGCUGGGCUCUCUGGACGGCCUGACCUACCUCGGCCUGUCCUUCAACUGUUUCUACUGCGUCCCCUCUGUCCUGGAGAAACUCAAAGGCAUGGAGAGACUCUGCCUGGCAGGGAACCAGCUCUCUGUCCUGGAUAUGGCCGGGCUGCAGUGGCUGCCCGCUCGCUACAUCGAUCUCAGGUACAUGAAUCCACACGAGCAGUGACACCACACCGGAACAAAGAUGAACUUUGUCAUUCCCAGCUGGUUCCGCCUUUUGGUCCACACCACUAGAUACUUGAUUUCAAUUUAGGCUGUUAAAACCUUCAGCCAAAACCAUAAAUGUUCAUCCAAGAAGCGAGCGUUUGUCAAACUGAGAGGACAUUUAUCACAGCUCUUUAUCCUCUUUUCACCCUCUGACCCGAUGUCCCCGUUUCGUUUUGUUCAGGCUGAACCGGCUUCAGAACCUGACUGUGGGAGACUCAGAACAGCUGGCUCACGUUGCCCAUCUGGACCUGAGGGACACGGGUCUGCAGGAGCUGGACGUCCGGUCUCUCUGCAGGCUGGAGCUCCUCCGCUGCGACAGAAACAGCCUCUCCCUCCUCAGAGUCUGCGGCCACGCUCUCAAGAGUCUGCACGCCGCACGCAACGGUACAGACCCGUGAAACACAGAUUAAAGUGGUGAAGUCUGAGGCUCUGUUGGCGCCGUUAGAGAGACUGAUGCAUCAUGUUGUGUUUGUAGAGCUGACGCUGUUGGAGGUGCAGCCGGUGCCGGAGAACCUGACAGUUCUGGAUCUGUCCUGGUAGGAACACUUGACUUCUUCUCUGCUGUUUGGAAAAUGAACCGAUGAUCUGAUCUCUGUUCUCACACUGACUGUCCCUCUCCUCUACAGGAACCAGCUGGGAUCUGUUCCUGACUGGGUUUGUGAGAGCAGCAGGCUGGAGGUGAUGGACAUCAGCCACAACUCUGUCACAGAUCUCCCCAUUCAGUAAGAGUCACACAAAUACCUUUUAAUCCUUGGCAUGGUGAGACGUCUGAGAACCACGCCGCUGAGGUGGCGUUUUUGAGGAUUUUAAUUUCCUCAAAUCGCCGUCGACUAACGCACAAAUCCAGAGAGAAGUUAGUGUGAAAGAGAAGAUGACAGAAUUUCAGAGAAGUACAUGUUAAUCUGUAAUAACAUUGCAUAAAAAUGUACAUUAUCCAUGGGCAGGAGGUGUUAAAUAUUAAGAAUAGCGACUAAGAUGAUCGUAAACUACUCGGCUCCAACACUGAGCUGUCAAGUGACCUGAAACUGUACGAUCAGAUUAUGAAAUCCUAUUUUUUCUUUCUUUGCCUCUAAACAGACAUUAGCUCUGUGUCGACCUCGGUGUAACAUUCACGUCUUUUCUUGAAUACUGAAAGAAAACCACAGAGUGAAGUUCUGUGAAAUCUAAGAUUGUUUUUAACUUCAGCAGAUUAAUUUUAUAUUUAACUCUCUUGAAGGAUUUGAGUUUUUGCUUUCCUCUCAUUUGUCUGCAUGCUCACAACCUCAACAUUUAACUGAGAAAAGAGACGAAAAACAGGUUUGAACCUCGCAGUCGUUUCAAGUUGAAGCUCUUCAGGUAGAAUCAGUCAAGGAUAUUAGAGAUCGGAGUUGUAAAGGUUUGAAUGUGCUUGUUUAGGUUCGAGAGGCAUUAAGGUUUAAUUUUCUGCUGUUAACAUUAUUCUUCAUGUACAGAGGAGGGUAAUAGUGCUCAUGAAUGUUUAAACUGAUGUAUUAUUACCCAUCAUGUUGCAUAAGGUUUCACUGGUACCUUUAGCAACAACACGCCCACAUGGAUGUUGUGGUUUGUGAACAGAUUUUUUGACAAGAAGAAUCAAUAAUUAUAAAAAUUGUCUGAAAUGUGAUUUUCUGUUGAACUCUUCUGAGUCCAGAGUGACAGUAAACAUAAACAGAGACUGAGCUGUCUGUGGUGUCUGUGGUGUCUGUGUGCCGUAGGCUGCUGUCCAGUGGGAGUCUUAGAAAACUGCUGGCGGGUUGGAACAAAGUGAGUCGGCUGGCUGAGAGGGUGGAGAGGUCUCAGCUCGAGGUCUUGGACCUCCAACACAACCACCUGACCGAGCUCCCACACAACCUGUUCCUCAAAGCGCAGAGGUACUCGCAGUAACACAGCGCUCAUUUAUGACCCUUCUCUCUCUCUCUCUCUCUCUCUCUCUCUCUUCUCUCUCUUUCCAUCCCAGUUUUUUUUCCCCUCAUGACAUUCAUUCAAGUGCUAAGUUUGUCUCCUCUGUUGGGAUUUCAUGGCAGCCUGCGGUACCUAAAUGUGUCAGCCAAUAAGCUGGAGAACCUCCCUGCAGCCAGCCUAUCAGAGGACAGCUUCAGCAGCCUGGAGGAGCUCUAUGUGACCAACAACAGCCUGACAGACAAGUGUGUCCCUCUGCUGACCGGACACGGACACCUCAGGGUGCUCCACCUCGCCUACAACCAGCUGCAGACCUUCACUGCCAGGUACAACAUGAAACUGUGUGUGACAUUUUCAGAUGAAUUAUGCUGUUUUCAGUUCUCCUCUGUCGAUACUUGGGUUUUUUUUUGUUGCCUCUGAGGUUUUAAAGUUUGAGAAAAUCGCUGCAGUAGUUUGCCUUAAAGGGUAGCAGGGUUACAGGCUGAACAGGCUGCAUCAGUUUGCCCGUCGGUGACAGCUCUUGAUCAAAGUCCCCGAAAACGUCGUGUUUUUACUGCUGACAGGCUCAAGGUUGUUAUUCUGAGCGUCUGACGACAGUACAGUCCAGAUCUCUGACACAGAUAGAAACCUUUUUUUUUUGUUAAAGUGAGAUGCUCUUCUGCUAACCUCAAACAGCUGCUGCAGUCUCCUAACCCUCAGCCACCAGACUCCAUGAACAAAACUGCUCAUUUUAGCCAGCAGACCUCAGACGCUGUCCCACAAUAACAGAAGAAAACGAUCUUUUUCAGCACAGUCAUGUCAAAGCCAACCCUGGAUUCAAAACAAAGUGAAAUAUUUCAGCAGGUUUUGCAGCUUCUGGCCAAAUUAGGAACAACUACAGAAAUGUGUGACCUGUUUAUAGGGAAAUAAGAGAGAGUGAAGGAUUGGAGUCUGCUCAGGAUUGCUCAAAUUGUAGUGUUGUCACUUUGUACUCACACAGGGAUGCAUCUAAACGUGUUUCCACCCAGGUUUUAGAAGUUUCCCUUAAAGUCCCCUCCUCUAAACUUCCUCUGAACUGUUAACCAAUCAGCACAGGGAAAAAAAUGUGAUUUUCUCUAGUUUACUACAAACUAGAGCAUGACACAGGGGCGGAUUUUCACUCCACUACCGUCCCACUCCCAGAGAAAAAAUCCCAUCCCGUCCCAAUCCCAAUUCAAAACUGAUCCUGUCCUGUCCCACUCCCGUAGAAUGACUCCCACUCCCGCUCCCACUCAAAAUUACUCCCACUUCUGUUCCGCUCCCGUUUGAGUAAAACCAACCGAGUGGCAGCUGAGUCGGAGCGCAGCACACAUAAUUUUCAUUUCUUUGUUUGUUUUUUUUCACUCCUGGUGGUAUCAGGAAGUCAAACCACUGUUGUAGUUCUUUUGUGUUGCUAGCGCGGUCAAGAGUGUUGGCUCUCACUGAGAGAUGACUACAAAAAUGGACGCAUCUGUUCUGAAAAUGAUCAUCUAUGAAUGUUGUUCCCGCUCCCGUCCCGUCCCGAUCACAGGAUUAAUUAAAAAAUGACUCCCAUCCCGUGGGAAUCACGUGACCCACGGGAAUUCCCCAAAAUGUCAUCCUCUACUACAGACAUGACUCUGAGGGUUUAUCACACAAAAGAAUUAAUGUUUGAGAAAAUGUGAGGCCCUUUCAUGGAGUGUGAGGACAGAGAGUUGAGACCGUACUCUAUCAUAAAUCUCCUUCACUUAUUUGACUCUUAGUUAAUCUUGUGGAGUGAAGUUGAGAACCUCAGUAAACAGAAAUCAGAAUCCGGUUCAGGUCUCAGCAGAAAUGAGUUUGGUUCUGGUGAGUGGAGCUCACACGUUCACCGCUGACCUCCUCUGCCUCCCGCAGUAAACUCGCCCGGCUGGAGCAGCUGGAGGAGCUGGACCUGAGCGGGAACAGACUGAGAGCCGUGCCCACCACCAUCCUCAGCUGUCAGCGCAUGCACACGCUCUCCGCCCACUCCAACUGCAUCGGCGCCUUCCCCGAGGUCCUCCAGCUGCCUGAGAUCAAGGUUAGUCUGACGCUCAGGUCGCAUUCACUCAUGACGCUGCCGCCUUCCUCCACACGACACAUGUCAGCGUUGGCUCUCGUCCAAGUCUGGUUAUUUUAAGGUUCAAAAAUCUGCGUCAUGCUUCGCUGAUGGGGAAAAAACGCGCUCCUCUGUCUCUCCCUGUACCUCUGUGUUGGUCUUUAUUGGGUUGUGCCAGAUCAGGAAAUCCUUUGUAAUCUCCUCGUAGCUCCCUAAUCUCUGCUUUUCUCUGAACCCAAACGAUGACGAUGAUGCCGUCGUCCUGUCAGUCCUGUCGGGUGGGAAAAAAAAAAAUCUCACAUUUUUCUCUGAAUGACUGAAAUUUUAAAAAGCUCCAGAGAAUCCAGAAAAAAACGGAAUAAAACAUCCAAAAUCUGCAUUCAGACGUCAAUGAUUGAAGACUGUGGGUUGUGUAACAUGAAGAUAUCACAUGUAUGUUGUUGUCGAACCGUCACACGGCUUGUACACACGUCACCAAGUCGAGUUUAACUUGACACUUUGAAUACUCAACAGGCUAAAAGUGAUUUUUCUCACAUUUCAGUUCUCUUUAUUUAUCUUGAUGCUUCUUUAAGUGACUCUCAGACUCUCUCUCUCUCUCUCUCUCUCUCUCUCUCUGUCUUUUUCUCCGUUUCUCCUCUUCAGUGCGUCGAUCUGAGCUGCAACGAGCUGACCGAGAUCACUCUGCCAGAAACUCUUCCUCCCAAACUCCAGGAGCUGGACCUCACAGGAAACCCUCGCCUGAAUCUCGACCACAAAAGCCUGGAACUCCUAAAGUACGUACUGGAAAGACUCUGCAAUUUUUAUAAUCCAAGGGAAGCAUAUUUCGCUCCGGAAACCAAACAGCUGACUGGAUUUUUUUCUUUCCCCUCUUUUUUUCUGCAGUAAUAUCCGAUGUUUCAGGGUGGAUCCGUCUCCUUCAGCUCCGUGUGUGAGUGAGAGCCACGGGGCCCCUGCAGUCUGGAGCCACGGCUACACCGAAGCCUCUGGGGUCAAAAACAAGUCCGUCCUCAGCCGUCUCUCUUCACCGUCUUUCAGAGCGUCCUCAGAUUUCAUGAUGAAGACUCAAACUGUCCUCUAACUAACCUGUCCCUCUCGUCGUCUUCAGGUUGUGCGUGGCUGCUCUGGCGUUGGACAGCUUCUGCGGGAUUCGUGAAGCUCUUUACGGAGUUUUCGACGGCGACAGAAACGUGGAGGUGCCUUACCUGCUGCAGUGCACCAUGGGAGACGUGCUGGCAGAGGAGCUUCACAGGGGCCAGAGGCAGGAGGACUACAUGACCAACACCUUCCUCACCAUGCAAAGGUAAAAUCGGAGACGUCAAACAAUGACAGCUGAGGUCCGACGCCGUCUCUGAUGUCUCUGUUCCUCUCCCGCAGGAAGCUGGGCACAGCGGGUCAGCGGAUGGGCGGCUCUGCGGCGUUAUGUCACAUCAGACACGACCCCGUGGCGCCCGGAGAACACGGCAGCUGCUUCACCCUGAAAGCGGCCAACGUGGGCAGGUGUCAGGCCGUUCUGUGCCGCGAUGGCAGAGCUGUACAACUAACCACGACGCACACGGUCAAAGAGGAGGCGGAGUAUCAGCGAGUCAGACAACACAACGCCAUCAUCACGGAGGUAAAGCUGGUCAUGACUCAUCAAGAAACGUCCUGACGGGGGUUAACUCGGUACAGUCUCGCCUCCUCUCUCUUCAUGAAGGGAUUUCAUGUGUCGAGUUUUAUACUGGGGGUUUGGUGCCUAAAAGUAGAAUGAUGCAGAUAAGAUAUUUAAUAAAGUUGGUUUCAUCAAAUAAAAUAAGAAACCACAACAUGCAGCAAUGAAGACACUCAGACCGUCGGUUCGAACCUCAGACUCUCAGGGUUCAUGUUUACAGAGUCAAUAUAUCAACACAAUCACAGACUCUCCGCAGACAUGAAUUCAGUCUCACUGCUGUAGGAGACGAGCUGGCGUAGCCCCCUGCUGGACAUCAGAAGAAGUGCAGUUUUUUUUUUAUGUCAGGAUUUUAUUAAAUUCUCUGGAAAUGAAAAUCAAAGGAAAGAUCUGGAAAGACGCAGGUUUAGGGCAGAAGUUUAGAUUUUGAAAACAGAGGUUUUGUUAACCGGAGAGUGUGUCUGGACCGCUGAGCGUUUGUCGUCUCUGGUCUUUGGAAAUAGUUACAGCAUUCAUUGUUCAGGGCUUCACAGGGAGCGCAUGUUCUCCUAAGUUGAAAAAUUAAGGAGCACACAAAGAACUAUAGGGGCACAAUGAAAAUUAAUCAAAUAAUGUUUGUCUUGUUGGUCGUUGACAUGGAAGCUAUUGAUGAAAAUGUUCAAAAUUUGCCUUUAAAUUUAACACAAAAUUUUUUAGAGGACAAAUUAGAGAAAUAAAGAGGCGUGUCUUAUUAUCCGACCUUAGUGCUUUUAUUUGAAAUCAAUUUUAGGUCUUUUGGUCACAUGACAUAGAAGCUAUUGAAGGAAAACAGCCUUUUCUGAGAACAUCAACCGGUAAUUUAUUGACGGUCCCUUAUUUGACACCCGACGUUGACAGUGAGGGUGUCGAGUAGAUUUAACCGCACUGCUGUUGUUAUUCGUGGUCAUGGAGAGUGAGAAGACACUGGUAGAUCCUCAGUGAAUGUCCGUCAGAUAUCCAACAUUAAAUGAGAAAAAAAAACAAAAACCAAACUCUUCAUCUUCCUCUUCUUCCUUUUCCUCUUCGUCUCUUCAGGAUAACAAAGUCAGCGGCGUGACCGACUCCACCAGGAUCAUGGGGUACUCCUUCCUCUGUCCGUCUGUGACCCCCAGGCCCCACGUCUCCACGGUAACCCUCACACCACAGGACGAGUUCUUUCUCUUGGGAAGCAGGGGAUUAUGGGACAUGUUGUCUCCCGGCGAGGCGGUGGAGGCGGUCAGGAAUGUUCCGGACGCUCUGGCCGCUGCUAAGAAGCUGGUGACGUUGGCUCAGAGUUACGGCUGCUCCGACAGCCUCAGCGCCGUGGUGGUCCAGCUCAGUAUCACGGAGGACUGCUGCUGUUUCUGCGAGCCGCCUCCCCCGCCCCCCAGCCCCGGCCCCGGCGCACACACCAGCACGCACCCCUACUCAGCCAGCGCCGAUGGAGGCAUCCCGCUGCCUCCCGCCUCCUCAGGAACAGUGAGCGAGCUGAGCAGCGAGUUCAGCACGUCAGAGAUGAGCAGCGAGGUCGGAUCGACGGCGUCUUCAGAGGAGCCGCCGCCUCAGACUGAGCCUCUGACAUCACACCUGAUCCUGCCCGGGGGGCGAGCGGGUAUGAGGAGACCGCCAUGCGGUGGCGGGAACUUCCAGAGACAGUUCUCUGGAGCUCUGUCGGAUAACGGCGUCGACAGCGAAGACGAGGAGCCGAUCGCCGGCGUCUUCUCUAACGGCAGCCGUGUGGAGGUGGAAGCUGACGUCCACUGCCUGCACCGCCAUGACCCGCCAGCGCCCCAAACACACACUCAGCCACGCACACACACCCCACCUGCUGCUGCCUUACAUCACGAGCCUUCCCCCCUCCCUUUCUCCCCCUCUCCCUCCCCCGUCCCCCCCUCCUCCCCCUGCCUGGGCAGGGAGGUCCUGUCGGGGACUCUGGGCCGCCGCGCCCGUGCUAACGGCUCCGUCGCCUGCCAAGCGAGGAACCAGGAUGUUAUAGAGGAGGCGGGCGAGGCCCCGGUCAGGAAACAGGGGGGUUACUUCAACGCCCCCGCCCAGCCUGACCCCGAUGACCAGCUGAUCAUCCCGCCGGAGCUGGAGGAGGAAGUCCUGCAGAUCAUCCAGCAGCAGCAGCAGCAGGAACAGAUCCAAACACACAACCAGCAAGCACACGGCUACCAGAAACCUGCCGACUACUUCAUCACGCCGCUCUAAGGUCUGCCCCCUCCACCUCCGCUCCUCAUCCAGGAAUCCAUCUCAGUGGUUUUCAGGUUUGGAGGAUCGUGGACUCGGACUGUUAAACUGAACUGCUCCCUCCAAACCCCCUCAGAGUCUUCUGGACCAGAGACUGUUUUUGUUUUUCUUUCUUUUUUACGGUUUUUUUCUUUACGCCCCUUAAACUCAAUGCAAAUCUUGACAUGUACCUGGUUUUUACCGCCUCUUUGAUUUGGAGAAGCACUUUGACUGCUUUUUAUUGGAUUCUGAGUUUUAUGUUGAAAGGUACUUUAAGAUCUUCUGUUUUUGUUUCGUAGCAGAAGUUUGUGUCGGCUGAUGGCCUUACAGUGGGAGUGGGAGUUAGUAAGAACUGUUACACUAACUCCUAGGAGUUUAAUACUUUAAAGUGACCUAGUCACUGAAGCGUACUAAUGUUCUCUGAGAGAAAAGACGAUUAUUUCAAAAGGCUGAUGUUCCAGGGUGGUGUUGUGGGGAGUGUGCAGAGUUCACAGUGGUGCUGCAGUGGUGAGAUAAUGCUGAAAGGUCGGGGGUCAUGCAGUUGUUGCCAGCUCAAUGAAUGUUCUCAGAACAGUGUUACAGACUUCACACAAGUAAGCUACUUUUGCUAUACAAUAAAUGAAAGUUUCCAGAUAAGCACAUCAUGCUGACUCGGUCUCUUUGUGGAGGAGUGAAGGAGGAGGAGGAGACUCACGCUGAAGGAGACUUUCACUUCUUUAACUCGUUUUUUCUGUGAAGUGUUUCAAUAUUUGCAAUAUUCUGCCGUAAAAUGCCCAGGUCUGCUCUAAAACCUGCAAAAGUUCACAGUUACAUUAAAAUUGUUGUUGUGCAUCUCUUGAAAUAGAGAAAUUAGACCCCAGACGGACAGAAAGGUCCUCACAGGAGCUCUAAUCAAAGCUUAGUGUUAAGAUGCAGCUUCAUCUAUGAUCGGAGCGGGGAAUCUAGAGUUUAAAGUACUUUUAAUUUUCUGUAUGUACAGGAGGAUGAAUAUUUAGCUCCUUCAGUGCAUGUUAUCUUCUGUAAAAGGACUAAUAACCUCCUUAUAAUUCAGAACAAUGGUGAAUGAAGUUAAACGCUUGCUGGAGAUGAGUUCAGAGAAGGACCACUUUGAUUAUUUUCAUGUUAUAGCUUUAAAAUCAGUCUUUUAGUGCCUUUCUGUUUGAC